AUGGCGUCCAAACUCGAUUUCCUCAACCAGAAGGCGCCAGAGAACUACGUCGCCGGUCUCGGUCGUGGUGCUACGGGCUUCACAACGAGAUCUGACUUGGGUCCAGCACGCGACGGUCCCAGCGAAGACCAAAUCAAGGAGGCUCUUGCAAAGCGCGCUGCCCAACUCGGUCUUGCGCCUGACGGCAAGAAGAAGGACGACGACGACGACGAUGACGAGCGAUUCCAGGAUCCCGAUAAUGAAGUUGGCCUGUUUUCCGGCGGCAUCUACGACAAAGAUGAUGAAGAAGCCGACCGCAUAUGGGAAUGGGUAGAUGAGCGCAUGGAUAGAAGGAAAAAGCAGCGCGAGGCCCGAGAACAAGCCGAGCAGGAGGAAUACGAGCGCAAGAACCCCAAGAUUCAACAACAAUUUUCAGAUUUGAAACGUGCCUUGGAGACGGUCACGGACGAAGAAUGGUCGAAUUUGCCCGAGGUUGGUGACUUGACGGGUAAAAAUCGGCGAAGCAAGCAGGCUUUGAGGCAGAGGUUCUACGCUGUUCCAGAUAGUGUGCUUGCUGCUGCGCGAGAUUCUACCGAGAUGAGCACCACGGUUACCGAUGAUGGUGUCGCGUCAAGCGCUACGGACAAGGCGGACGGGACUAUGACCAACUUUGCGCAGAUUGGUGCUGCCCGCGAUAGAGUGCUUAAAUCGAGAUUGGAACAGGCAUCCCGAACGAAUGGCGAUGCUUCGAAUGGCAGUUCCACGAGCAUCGAUCCCCAGGGCUACAUCACAAGCCUGAAUAAGAUGCAGAUGAAUGAGGCCCAAGCCCAGGUGGGAGACAUCAACCGAGUGCGAGAACUUUUGCAGUCAGUGGUCAAGACGAAUCCAAAUAACGCACUUGGCUGGAUAGCAGCAGCUCGAUUGGAAGAGCUGGCGGGCAAGAUUGUGGCGGCGAGAAAAACGAUUGAUCAGGGUUGCGAAAAGUGUCCAAAGAGCGAGGAUGCUUGGCUGGAAAACAUUCGACUUAAUCACGACUCGCAAAACGCCAAGAUUAUUGCCAGAAGAGCCAUUGAGGCCAACAACCGGUCUGUGAGACUGUGGGUGGAGGCCAUGAGGCUGGAAAACAUACCCAGCAACAAGAAGAGAGUCAUCCGUCAAGCGUUGGACCACAUACCGGAAUCAGAAGCUCUCUGGAAGGAAGCCGUCAACCUGGAGGAGAACCAAGACGACGCCAAGCUGAUGCUGGCAAAGGCUACGGAACUGAUACCAUUAUCAGUCGACCUCUGGCUCGCCCUAGCACGCCUCGAGUCUCCCGAAAACGCACAAAAGGUGCUCAACAGAGCACGAAAAGCGGUGCCCACGUCCUACGAGAUUUGGAUUGCUGCCGCACGCCUAAUGGAACAGCUCGGACAAGCUAGCAAGGGCAACGUCAUGACGACGGCAGUGAGAGUCUUGGCCAAGGAAUCCGCCAUGCCCAAGCGGGAAGAAUGGAUCGCAGAGGCAGAGAAGUGCGAGGACGAAGGCGCCAUCCUCACCUGCCAGAACAUCAUCCACGCCACGCUGGGCUGGGGUCUCGACGAAGACGACGACCGCAAGGAUACAUGGAUGGAGGACGCGAGAUCCAGCAUCAACCGCGGCAAGUAUGACACCGCCAGAGCCAUCUACGCAUACGCCAUCCGCAUCUUCUAUAACAGCAGGACCUUGCGCAUGGCGGCCGCUGACCUGGAGCGUAACCACGGCACCAAGGAGUCUCUCUGGGAAGUCCUCGAGCAGGCCGUGGACGCGUGCCCCACGAGCGAGGACCUGUGGAUGAUGCUCGCCAAGGAGAAGUGGCAAGCCGGCGAAGUCGACAACGCCCGUCUCGUCCUGAAGCGCGCAUUCAACAAGAACCCCAACAAUGAAGACAUAUGGCUGGCGGCCGUCAAGCUCGAGUCCGAGAACGACAACGCAGAACAGGCGCGCAAACUGCUUGAAAUCGCGCGAGAGCAGGCCCCCACCGACCGCGUCUGGAUGAAGAGCGUCGUCUUCGAACGAGUACAGGGCCAGGUCGAAACGGCGCUCGACCUCGUCCUGCAGGCCCUCCAGCUCUUCCCCGCCGCCGCAAAGCUCUGGAUGCUGAAGGGCCAGAUCUACGAGGACCUCGGCAAGACGGCCCAGGCGCGCGAGGCAUACGCAGCCGGCGUAAAGGUCGUCCCCAAAUCCGUCCCCCUCUGGCUCUUGUACGCGCGCCUCGAAGAAAAGUCCAGCAUGACCAUCAAGGCCCGCUCCGUCCUGGACAGGGCCCGCCUGGCCGUUCCCAAAUCGCCUCAACUGUGGUGCGAGUCCGUACGCCUGGAGCGCCGGGCUGGAAACCUGUCGCAGGCCAAGUCCAUCAUGGCAAAAGCGCAGCAGGAGAUCCCCAAGAGCGGCCUGCUGUGGGUCGAGCAAAUCUGGCACCUCGAGCCGCGGACGCAGCGCAAACCGCGUAGUCUGGAAGCCAUCAAAAAGGUUGACAAUGACCCGUUGCUGUUUGUAGGCGUGGCGAGGAUCUUUUGGGCGGAUCGAAAGCUGGAAAAGGCGCAAAAUUGGUUCGAGAAGGCUCUUGUGCUGGAUAGUGACUCUGGAGAUAGCUGGGCCUGGUACUAUCGGUUCCUGUGUCAACAUGGCACGGAGGAAAAGAGGUCAGAGGUGGCUAGCAAGUGUGUUUUGAGCGAGCCCAGACAUGGGGAGGUUUGGGAGAGGGUGGCAAAGGAACCUAGGAAUGCCAGGAAAGGGGUGGAGGAGAUUUUGAAGUUGGUUGCAGAGGAGCUGGAGUCAUGA